GCGCGCGCGCGCCCCCCCUCGAAGCCACGCCCCCCUCUCGAAGCCACGCCCCCUUUCCCGGCGUGCAUUGCGGCAGCAAGAUGGCGGCCGCCGUGGCGGUGGGGUGGAGGCUGCUAGGCCGCGGGGCCUUGGAAUCGCUGCUUCGUCCCCAUGGAGCCGUUCCAUCCUGCCUCGUUAUCCCUGUGAGGACCAAGAGGAGGUUGUUUGUCCCCCAAUGGGCCCGGGAGCUUUCACCUGAAGAGAAGAUGAAAAGGCUGCAGUCUUUGGGCAGGACGAUGCCUGAGGAUCGCAUGGAACGGACCUUUUACUUGGCCUGCACAGCCAGUAUUAUAGACCCUUAUGUCCCUCCUGAGGGUGAUGCCCGCAUGACUUCCCUGUCCAAAGAAGGGCUGAAGCAAAGGAUGGAGAAGCUGAAGCAGUCUGCUGCCUCUCAGUUAGCCCUACGGAAAGUGAAGGAUCACGAUCCCAAUUUCAGCACCAAAACCUUCCCAGAGAUGGCACAGGAGAUCUAUGUUGAAGCUCACAACAGCCUGGCAAAUUUUAACAAGCAGAAACUUCACUCCCUGGUAACAGAGCGCUGCUACCCGGACAUGGUUCGUGGCAACAGAUACAAAACCAUCCGCUGGAGCUUUGUGGAGUCAUUGGAGCCUCCACGAGUGGUUCACGUUCGAUGCACCAGCAUUGUGAACCAGGGCAACCUCUAUGGACAGGUGACAGUGCGGAUGCACACCAGGCAGACUUUGGCCAUCUACGAUCGCUUUGGACGGCUGAUGUACGGAGGGGAGCAACUACCCAAAGAUGUUCUGGAAUAUGUUGUGUUUGAGAGGUAUUUGGUCAACCCUUAUGGCACGUGGAGGAUGCAUGGCAAGAUCGUCCCAGAGUGGGCUCCACCAAAGGACCCCAUUGUUAAGACGGUGAUGAUUCCUGGCCCAACCUUGGAUCCCUCACAAGAGUAUGAGGAGAUGAAGUAGGGAAUAUCAGAGCCUUGCACAUAGAGAACAGUGCAAACAACCCAGAGGGCACAAAAUGGGAUGUAUGUGAAGGCAGCAGGAUGGAUGUAGCUGUGCCUGCAGUGAGCAGUCAGCAAACAAAGCAGCUUCAGAAAUGGACUCCAGGCACUGAGAAAUCGCCUUGAAAAAGGAGCAAGGGGGACUUGAGAGGCUCAUGUGAGCUCUAUGAGGCUGCUUUCCUGGCUGACUUCUGUGCUUCCAGGGCAAGAACUGCUGUCAGCACAGAUGUGGGGUAUGGGAUAGACCUGGGGACUCAUUAAAGCCUGCAGCAGAAGCCAUUGGAGAUUUCUUUCCCCAUCCUUCCCCCAUCUGCACAGAUCUCUGGUCUUUUUCUUCUAACAAAGAGCGACAAACAGACUUUACAUUGCUUCCUCCUGGCUGGGUGCUGCACUUGGAGCCCUGCUGGAUGCCUGGCUUGUUGCUGACCAAGCUGAAUCCUUCAAUAAAGCCCAUAAUUCAUAA